UGAAAUAUUUUUUUGCCGUGCCCUUUUGUAAGAAAUAAGUUUUCCCCUUCUGGAUUUCAUUACUGUAAUGGUGGCUCAGAUCCUUAAAUGUUCUGUGUGUUUGUGUAAACAAUCCAGAGCCUGUUCUUUUCAUUCCUCAGGAGAAGAAACCCCAUUUAUCCACUGCGGUCUUUGGGAAAGAUUGUAAAAUCAGUUAUGACCAGCUGUACCAAUUCCUCAAAUAUUCCACUCUAGGAAAACACCACUGUGCAUCUCAGUCCAGGCAAAAAUCAGGAAUAGCCCAUGAGGUUCUGCAGUGUUUCUGGGCAGGCCUUCCCUCUCUAAAGCAGACGUCCUCCUCCCACCUUAUCCACGGCUGGCGACAGGACGAAAAUGCAGUGACCGAGUGCACAUCUUGCCUAUGGAAGGUCCAGCUUGUUGCUUGGCAUUUCCACUUUUUAAAAAGGUUCGCGCUGCAGGCUCGGAAACGGGGGUCCUGUCCUUCAGAUGCCAUGGCUGCCUGCAGUGCUUUCUUGCCACCCGUGCAGAUAAGAGCAGCAUGUUCACCCGCAGACUCUAGAAGGCGGCUAAUAGCUUUUAUCCCUCAUUGUGGUGCAGCUGGUGCCACAUUCAUCACCAAAGGUGCCUGGCUGGAGUGGCAGUGGCGGUCCUGCGCGACGUGGGCCAGCUUCAUUUCUACCGGUUCUACAUGCAGUUCAGGUAUCUCCGGAAGACCUUCAGGCAGCGCUUCUCCCUACCGCCUGUCUCAGGUGAUUUCAUGGAAAAACUUUGUGGAGCAGGGGCAAAGAUUCGCCAACGGGUCGACAAGCAAGCACGAGCAAAAGAACCCAUUAUUCAGAAAUACGGAGAAAAACGUCAUGGGCUCACCAGUUACCUUCUAACCCCAAAGGAAAUGUGUCUCCAUGAUUAUCCUCAAGCAGAUGAUGACAGCUGCAGCCAUUUUGUUCACACUGGUUGCAACAGCCCAGCAACAGACAGCAGCCCGCUUUUUGGACUAGACUGCGAAAUGUGUCUCACCAGCAAGGGAUCCGAACUCACGCGAAUUUCAGUGGUGGAUGCCAGUGGCCGGUGCAUUAUGAAUGAGCUGGUCAAGCCAAAAUUGCCAAUCAGCGACUACCUCACCAGUUACUCUGGCAUUACCAAGGAGCUGCUGCUGCCAGUCACGACCACCCUCGCUGACAUCCAGGGCCGCCUGAAGAGGCUUCUCCCCGCCGACGCAGUUUUAGUGGGGCACUCCUUAAAUUUUGACCUCCGGGCUCUAGAAAUGGUUCAUCCAAGAGUUAUAGACACGUCGCUUCUGUUUGCCAGGAAGGAUGGCAAGCGGUUCAAGCUCAAAUUCUUAGCCGAAGCUGUUUUAGGGAAAAAAAUUCAGCAAGAAGACGGACAGGGGCAUGAUCCUACAGAAGAUGCUCGGUGUGCCCUUGAAUUGGCCCAGUAUUUUAUUGGGCAGGGACCCAAGAAGGUAGCUGAGCUAAACCUGGAAAUCAAAUUGCUGGAGCAAAGGAACGCGCCGAAGCAAAAGAACAGGGUCCAGAAACAUGUGCAAAAUCCCACCCAAUGCCUUCUUGACAUCUUGCACUCCAUGGGCCAGAAGACCCUGCUUCUCGGAGGACCACAUGAAGCUCCUUCCUCCAACUGUCAGAAUCAUCUGGACCCUCUAAAUAAGCACAUCUUCCAGAGAGCCCUGGACAAGAUCCCAAGGGCCUCUUUCAGCCUGAUUCAAUUUGAUUUGGAUUCGAAGCUUGUUACAUCUGACCUCACUGCAGAAAUGUGUUCAAAGAUGAGGGCCAAGCUGGUUGACCUGCUGACGGUCUACGCAGGCCCAUUUGGCCAAGACGUUUGCCUGAAGUCGCUGAAGAGAACCUUUAAGAAAUACGGCCAUGUUCAGUCGAUUAGGUUCAUUACAGAAACCGCCGAGCCUCACAUCUGUACCCAGUAUGAAGUUCUGGAGGCUGCCCAGCUUGCAAUGGGGAGCCUGAACGGAACAGUAGUGGAAGGAUCUUUGAUCAAGGUUCAGAGACCAGUCACAGAGUUGACGCUGGAUUGUGAGGGGCUGGUGAAAGAGCUUGAAAGCGAUCCAGAAAAUGAAGGAGUCGUUUAUUUGGCAGGACUGCGGAAGAUGGAGAAGGAGACAGAUUUACAAGAGAAAUUGAGUUAUUUGACGGACUUGAGCUCUGUUUUUCAGCCAAGGGAUCCCAGCACUGGAAAAAAGAGAAAUUACUGUUUUCUGAAGUUCCCAACAGCUCGAAGUGCCACCAGCGCCCUUAAGACCAUAGAGGAGCAGGCAGCCAGAGGCAGCAGAUUGCGGGGCCGGAGGGCCCUGACGCCCACAGGGCUGCAGCAGUGGAUCUCUCGCGGAACCCAAAACGACAGCAAGCUUGCGGCACCACGCCCACACCCUGACUUCUCCGUCAAGCAGUGCUCUGCCUUGGAGCAAGAUUUAAAGAAAGCAAUAAAGGCGUUGGAUCACCAAAUCGAAGAGCUGUACCAGCGCCUGCCAGAUCACACUCUCUGCGUCAUUCUGUUACCAGGCACAGACAGGCUUUCUGAACCGCUUCCUGGGUUGAGUCUGCUGGGAAUAAAAGGAGAAGACACAGCUUGCAGCUCCUCGUAACAUGCACGGUUCUGACGCCCUAGUUUUGUGGAAAACGUCGACUGUCUUCCUUUAGAGCUGUGCCAUGCACACCAGCAGAAUUCCCUCCUGUAAUGUUUUAAACAUCAAAUAUUAAACCAUUUAAAGAAGCGGA